AGAAAAAAAUUUAGUAGUAAAAGCUAACAUAACCUGGUCACAUGUACUAGAUUACGGCUUGGCAGGCGGCAGAGAUAAGAAAAUGUCACGUUUUAGCAGAGCCCCAAGUGAUUGUAAAAUCUAUGUUGGAGAUCUCCCCAAGGAUGCUUCUGAGAAGGAGCUGGAAAGAGCAUUCAGUUACUAUGGUCGUUUAAAAAAUGUGUGGGUGGCCAGGAAUCCACCAGGAUUUGCAUUUGUUGAGUUUGAAGACUAUCGAGAUGCAGAAGAUGCUUGCAAAGAGCUGGAUGGAACAACAAUCUGUGGAUCAAGAUGCAGAGUGGAAUUGUCCACCGGUAAAGUGCGCCCCAAGCCAUGGCUGCGUGGCGGUAGUCGUGGAGCUCCCAGAGGCAGACGGGCAUUUAACCCAGAUGACAAGUGCUAUGAGUGCGGUGACAGGGGACACUAUGCUUAUGACUGCUCCAAAAGUGGAGGAUCCCGGCGCAGUGGAGGGUCACGACGCAGAAGCAGGUCGGCAUCCCGCAGUUACUCGCGAAGCAGGAGCAGGGGCAGAUAUGAAAGCCGAUCUCCACCAGCAAGACAGAGGUCACGUUCAGCAUCUCAGAACUAA